CAGAGGAAAGAGCGGAUUGUCUAAGUUUAUUCAGGAUUGAAGAUGAGGAAAAAGCAAAAGAAAUGUUUGGGAAGCUAUGUGAGAAACUCACACCUUUCUAUCAAUCAUCAUCAAAGUGUUACGACACUCAGACACUGCAAUCCUUGCUCAACUGCCUUGAGGAAAAUCCUGGUAUGAAUCUUUCAGUUGUUGCAAGGAAAACUGGUCUCACAGAAUGUCUAAAGCAUGAGAAAAUUAGAGCAAGUAUGGAGAUUGUUGAUGCCACAGAUUCAGGUGAUAAUGGUGAUAAGACUCUCUUGCAAUGGGCUAAGUUUGGUUUCAAGGGACAGAUUGACAACGUUGUGGAAGGAGUAGGCGUAAGCUCACUUACUCAAGAAGAUGAUAAAGGCAACACAGUUAUGCAUUAUGCUGUAAGCCAACCAGAAUUACUUGAUAAAUUAUUGCUUCGAGCAACUGAGCUAGUUGCUCAGGUAGUGAACAGUGUGAACAGUUCAGAGGAGACACCACUACAUUUUGCAUGUGUGAUUAAUAAUGGAAAAGGUCUACAGUUGUUACUUGAACAUGGUGCUGAUCUGAAAGUUAAGAGUAAACACAUGUUUCCUAUUCAUGCUGCAGUGAAGUUCAAUAGUGAUGAGUGCAUUAAGGCGAUACUCAAGUUUCAUAAAGAUUGCACAACUUUUAAAGAUUCUAAAUAUGGAGGAACACCCUUACAUUGGGUUAAAACUAGAAAGAUUGCAGAAUUAUUAAUUAUGAGUGAAGAUAUUGAAGCCGAGAACAACGAAGGUGAGACUCCUCUCCACAUCAUGGUGAAAAGAAAAAGACAAUCUUCAGUUGUAUGUUUGUUGUCACAUGGAGCAGAUGUGAAUGCUCUAGGAAUGAGCAAUGAAACGCCAUUGCAUAUCGCCGUAAAGGUUGGAGAUGUACAUAUUGUAAAAACAUUGAUAGUAUUUGGUGCUGACAUAAAUGCCGUGAACAGCAAGGGUGAAACACCACUUCAUAUAGCGACAGCAUCAAAAAGUCUUUUCAGAAAUGCUAUUAUACAUUCUCUAUGUCUCGUAGGAGCUGCUCCUUGCGAUGCUCCUUUCAUACCUUCAAAAUAUCCAGUCGGUAAAAAGCCUGGGAACGAACUGUCUCAGGCUCGUGAUGACACCCCCAUUAUACUGGACGACAUCGCGAAAAUUAUGGCAUCUGGUGCCCAGGCCAACGUGAAAUACAAACGGUCUGGAUCAGGCAAGAAUGAAAACGAUGGAGAAUCGAUGAUGAAGAAGAAAAGGAAAGGUGAUAGUGCAUUGUGCUUAGAUGGUGGCGGUAUUCGCGGCCUCAUUCUCAUUCAAGUCUUGUUGAAUCUUGAACGUGUUGCUAUGCAACCGAUUGUUAAGCUGUUCGAUUGGAUAGCGGGUACAAGUACCGGUGGUAUACUUGCAUUGGGGUUGUUAAAUGGUAGUUCGAUGGCAUAUCUACAGCAACUUUACUUUCGUUUCAAAGACGAAGUGUUCGUCGGCUCUCGUCCUUAUCCAUCUGAGCCGCUCGAGAAAUUCCUUCGGCAGGAAUUUGGCGUCGAUACUAAAAUGACAAGCGUCAACUACCCAAGAGUCCUUGCAACUGCUGCUGUUUCUGACAGAAUACCACCAGCUCUUCAUCUGUUUCGUAAUUUUUCCAUUCCCGAAGACGACGAAGAAGAACAAAAACCAAACUCUCCGUUUCCCCCUGUAUCAAAACCUGCAGAUCAACUGAUGUGGCGUGCGGCGCGUGGGACUGGUGCUGCUCCGACUUACUUUCGGGCCAUGGGACGCAUGCUUGAUGGAGGCUUAAUCGCCAACAAUCCGACACUUGAUCUAAUAUCAUUCCUGCAUUCUUUCUAUAAGAGAGCGGAGCCACAGAAACCAGAUCACGAAACUUGUCACAAAAUCGGUCUCGUGUUCUCGGUGGGAACCGGUAAGCCACCGGAUGUGCCCGUCAAAAACAUCGACGUGCUUCGGCCGACGUCUAUGAGUGACUUGGCGAAAGUUGCCUUCGGAGCUCAAGCUUUGGCUGAAAUUCUUGUUGAACAAGCAACCUCGUGCGUUGGUGCUGUAGUUGACCGCGCAGCGGCAUGGUGCGAGAUGAUAAAUGUGUUCUACCAUCGCUUAAAUCCAAGGAUAUUCUCAGAUGUUCCCCUGGAUACGAAAGACGAUCAACUACUGGUUAACAUGUUGUGGGAAUGUCAAGUUUACAUAUUCGAACACAGACAUAUCAUCAAAGAACUUGCAGAUCACCUGACGUGAUGUUUAGACGGAAUAUAUUUAGAGUUUUUAUUACUACAGAAUAAUUAUAGAUAUAGUUACCAAAUUUUAUAACAGGGGAGGAUUUAAAUGACCCCUGCUGCUGGUUCUCAAAUAUAUAUUGCUACUACUAA